UACGCGAAAGCGAAUUUUAAUUUUAUGUACAAAAGCAAAAAGAAUUACAUAUAUAUAUUUAUGUAUAAAUUAAAAAAGAUAAGGUAAUCGAUAUCACUGAAGAGUUCUUGUGUAAUCAUCCAAUAAGACUGAAUUAUUAUUUGAAAUAUCAAUAUAAAAUAAGAGGAAAUUGUUUUAAUUAUUACUGAUACUUAUAAGUAUUGUUAAGAAAAUCAGGUUAAUAAUGUCGGCUUUUUUAACUCGUAAAUUUGUCAGUUCUGUUGGGCCAUUGACUAAAUAUUCCCAGGCUGGAUUACUGUCAGUAAGACAUUUAAAUUUGUUGGAGUACCAGAGCAAGGUGCUGUUAAAAGAUAGUGGUGUUUCAGUACAGAAUUUUACGAUUGUUGAUGAUCUGCAAAAAACUGAUAGUGCGCUUGAUAAAUUUCAUGCUAAUGAGUAUGUUAUCAAGGCACAAGUUUUAGCUGGUGGACGAGGUAAAGGAUGGUUCGAUAAUGGGUUUAAAGGUGGUGUACAUUUAACCAAAGAUCCGAAAGAGGUCAAAGAUAUUGUCAAGAAAAUGUUGGGUCACAAAUUAAUAACAAAACAAACAACAAAGGAUGGUAUUCUUGUACAAAAAGUAAUGAUAGCUGAGUCCGUUAAUAUAAAAAGGGAAACAUAUCUCUGUAUAUUAAUGGACAGAUCGCACAAUGGACCGGUACUCAUUGCAUCACCAGCUGGUGGUAUUGACAUUGAAACAGUUGCUGAAAAAAAUCCCGAAGCUGUUAAAACGAUACCACUUGACAUUUAUUAUGGAAUUGACGAUAAAAUAGCCAAGGAAGUUGCUGAAUUUUUAGGGUUUAAUGAUGAUGAUAUCAAACAGAAAGCGAUAUUUGAAUUGAAAAAUUUAUGGAAAUUAUUUGUUGACAUCGAUGCGCUGCAAAUUGAAAUAAAUCCAUUUGUUGAGACUGAAGAUAGACAAGUUGUUGCUGUUGAUGCCAAAAUAGCCUUUGAUGAUAAUGCGCAAUUUCGACAAAAAGAUAUUUUUGAUAUGGAAGAUGUCAGUGAAAAAGAUCCCAGAGAAAUUGAUGCGUCGAAAUAUAAUUUGAAUUAUGUAAAUAUGGAUGGAAAUAUUGCUUGCCUAGUCAAUGGCGCAGGUUUAGCCAUGGCCACAAUGGAUAUUAUAAAAAUGAAUGGCGGAGAACCAGCAAAUUUCUUAGAUGUUGGCGGUGGUGUUACAGAAGAUCAAGUUUUCCAUGCAUUCCGUAUCGUAGCUGAAGAUCCUAAAGCCAGAGCUAUUUUUGUAAAUAUCUUCGGAGGGAUUGUAAACUGUGCGACAAUAGCUAAGGGAUUGGUCGCUGCUGCCAAGCAAUUGAAAAUAAAUAAACCAGUGGUAGUCAGAUUGCAAGGAACAAAUGUUUUGGAAGCAAGAAAAAUUUUACAAGAGUAUGGCCCGCCUUUUACGAUGAUCAACGACUUAGAUGAAGCAGCUAAAAAAGUUGUGUCAGCUUUAAGCGCAUAAUUAUUUUAUUUUUUUUAUACAAGACGAUUUUGUCUUUAAAAAAAAAUCAAAAA